UGUGAAACUUGUCCCGGAUAUUUACCUAUCUGUACCUGGCUUCUCCCGACCAGCUCCUCCGUACGACGAGCUCUUCACGGCGGGCUCUUCGAGGGAUAUGACCCGUUUGUAAAGCGGGACCACCGAGGUCCCCUCUCAGUGAUGAGCUGAGGGAAGGGCGUUCGUCUUGAGAGGGAGGCAGAGUUACCGUGGUAACAGACAUGCCAAAACCGGACCUGCUCUGCCUCGUUCAGCUGCUGGAUGGCACCAUCGAGACCUUCAGAGUUAGCGAUGCCAACAAUGCACCUCAGAUGGUCGGUUUGGCCUCAAGUGGCGUUGCAAUAUUUUACAGUAUGGUUUGCUCCAAUUUCUACCCCUGGGGGAACAUCAUCAAGAUUUCAUUUAAGAGGCGACGCUUUCUUUUACACCUAAAGCGUAAACAUGGGGAGACACAAGACUGUGAAGUUGCUUUCAUCCUUCCUUGCCCCAGGACUUGUAAGAACCUGUGGCAGUCCUGUGUGGAUCACCACUCCUUCUUCUCCUCCAGCCGGUCUGCCAGGAGCCCCAAAAUCAACAACAGCACAGUUCAGUCCUACACCAAACUGAUAACACAGCACUUGGGCCUCGGAAACAGUAAAACUGAGACCGGCCCGGUCUGCCAGCGUGUCUUAGGAGGGAUGGAAUGGAACCCCGUCCGGCGCAGGUCGCUUUCUUCGGAGCAUCUCGAAACCAAGAGUCUUCCAUCCAGAUCACCUCCAUCCACCCCCAACUGGCGAAGUCCCCGAGUUCGCCACAGGAUCUGUAAACCUCGACCGUCGUCCGUGGAGCUCACCGUGGACCUGAAGGACAUGUCAGAGGGGGAGGACGUCUUCUACACAUACAGAGCGUCCGUGGGAAGCAACAAGGACAGUGAAGGAGAUGCAGCACCUCAUCACUGUGAAGGAACUGGUGAGUCUUUGAUAAAAGCUGAUGACAGUAUAGAAGAGGACAGCCCACCCCACUAUGAUAAGGGAGCUCUCGGCGAUGGCGAUUUGAUGCUAAUAUGCAUCACGCCAGACGAGGAUGGAAAGUUUGGCUUUAAUGUAAAAGGUGGAGUGGAUCAGAAGAUGCCUUUGUCCAUAUCUCACAUUAAACCAGACUCCCCGGCUGGUCGAUCCGAGCCAAGGCUCCAAAAAGGAGACCUGCUGGUGCUCAUCAAUGGUCGAGACAUUUCUGAACACACGCACGACCAGGUCGUCAUGUUCAUACGAGCCAGCAGAGAGUCGCACUCCAGACAGCUGGCCCUGCUUAUCAGGCGUAAAGGUUCGAGCCGGUUGGUACCCUCGCUGCAGCUACCUCCUACCCUCACACUGACCAUCCAAUCACAGGAAAACAAGCCACAGUCGCCCGGUCAGUCGGAGCAGGUCGCCACGUUGGAGGAAUCAAUGAAACAGCUGGAGAGAGGGAUACAGUCCGGCACACUCUGCUACCAUUUUGAGAAUUUAAACAGGAGGAAACCUGAUUUGUUGUUGAGCUGCGCACGGCUUCCUGAGAACCUGGAAAAGAAUCGGUACAGGGAUGUCUUACCUUACGAUGCCACCCGGGUGGUGCUGCAGGGUCAGGAGGACUACAUCAAUGCCAGCCACAUCACGGUGGCGCCCCCGUCAUCUGGUGUAUGUUUACGUUACAUUGCCACUCAGGGUCCCUUGCCUCAGACCUGCACUCACUUUUGGCAAUCUGUGUGGGAGCAACAGAUACACACCAUCAUCAUGCUCACAACUCUAACAGAGAGGGGACGGACCAAAUGCCACCAGUACUGGCCGCAUCCGCCGGAAGCCAAGGAUUACGGUGACUUGACUGUGAAGUGUCACUCGGAGGAGUGUAACUUGGCGUAUGUGACGCGACAGUUCACCUUGAAGCACACACAGCUGGCUGAGGAGCGCGCAGUCACACACCUGCAGUACGUGGCGUGGCCGGACCACGGUGUACCCGACGACCCCUCCGAUUUCCUGCUCUUCGUCAGCUCGGUGAGGGAGAGGAGGAAAGGUGAAGAGCCGUUAAUGGUGCACUGCAGCGCAGGGAUCGGACGGACAGGUGUUUUAAUCACCAUGGAAACGGCGCUGAAUCUGCUGGACGAGGGUCGACCGGUGUUCCCGUUGGACAUAGUGAAAACGUUGCGAGAACAGCGAGCCAUGAUGGUUCAGACCACGUGUCAGUUCCAGUUCGUGUGUGAGGCCAUUCUGCAAGUCUACAAAGAGAAACAGGAGAAAAACGCGACAACACCGUAAUCCAAAUCGACGAUGGGUCAAGGGGACCAGAUGCACUUCCUGCUUCUGCUUCACAGCAGAGGGAGGAACUUCCACAGCGAGCGCUCCAAAAGAUUCAACUCUGUCGAGCUUCUGGUGCUGGAACACGGACUGGAUAAUAAGAGAAUAAAAAGCUGCAGAGCCCAGCUGUCUGAGAUCCAUGUUGCUCUGAGAGAGUACCCACAUUACACCUAGCUGGCCUUAGUUUUUACUUAAAGUGCAUUAAGCGCGUAGAGGAUGUGGUCUCCAUAGAGACUGAUGUAAGACUGACGUGAGCUGCUAAUUUCCAUACAAGAGGUCUCUCAGGAGCGACGCCUCUGCUUAUUAAGCUAUGUGUGCCUUAGACUGAAGCUUCCCAGUCGGUGCAUCCAUCAGAGGCUGGGUGAGACGGUUGUAAUCUCCAGUUUAUCUCUGUCUCCUGAGACGAGCGGCAAAAGCCGACUUUUAGAUCUCUGCAGCAGAUUCUGUAGUUUGCAGAGCUGCACGCCUUCUGCCAGAGGAGCACCAAACUUACUGUUCGUCACUUUUAAAUUAUUCACAUUAAAUAAACUGAUUUGCAGCCGUG